AGCAACUUCAAUGGAGUUUGCAUGAUGUAAAACUGCUGUUGUUUUGGCCUUUCCUUGGCUCAUUUUCAGACACAUGGGUGUUUAUUCGCAUUGUCUAAUGCAUCUAUACAACGUUUUACAGAUUAGGACUGCCUACCUAACCAUCGCUUUUUGUAAAUCUUGAUCAAACUUCAUUGUAAACAAGCUGUCAAAACGGGUUUAGAUAGUUUGCUGUGCAUCUCUUCACUGUGGUCAUAAUGUCCAGCUAUGAGCUUUUUCAGAGUCAAGCCACUCUGAUCAUGUCAUUACUGGUGGACACGGCUAAGGAGGAGAUACAAAAGACUUUUACAAUGGAACCAAACGAUUCUCAAACUCAACUGCUUAAUUAUAUAAUGGAGAUGUUUGCCAAAGAAGCAGUGCGGAAGAUUUGCAGACUCUUCAUAUAUUGCUCAGCUGUAGCACCAGAAACAUUGAGCGAUCAAGAUAACCUAAGGAAAACUCUAUCCCAGAUGGGACGUGAUGUGGACGGAACAAAAUAUAUCCAAAACAAACAGCUUCAAGGGGAUCUCACUGUGAGUCAUUUGAAGGAGUCAGCAGCAGCUAAAUUACCAUUAGCAUCUUCUUUCCAGCAACAUUCGAACAGUGAGCCUGUGCAGGAGAGUAAUUCAAGCGGAUGUCUUUUGGUGGAGGACAGCGCAGAUGCUAUCCAGACCAUAUUCAUCAGCGAUGUUUCUGAUGACAGAGGCUUUUCUGAAGCCCAGGUAGUUAUGAUGCAGACACCAGCCGAGCAAACUGAAACUGCAGAGGAGAAAGAGUCCUUUGAAUGUGACCAGUGUGGAAAGGCUUUUCCAAAGAAGUUUUCCCUGCUGCAGCACAAACGUGUGCAUUCCAUCGUAAGACCUCACAGUUGCGAGAAAUGCGGGAAGAAAUUCACACUGUUAAGAGCACUGGAGACUCACCUCCGUAAGCAUAACCAAAAGUACGAGAAGAAGAAAUUUCCUUGCAGCACGUGUGGAAAGAGCUUCAGAGAUCUUGCGGCGCAUGAAUUGGUCCAUGCAAAAGUCAAGCCAUUUACGUGUGAUAUAUGCGGACAAGGAUUUACAGUCAAGAGAAGUUUAUACAUGCACCAAAGAGUGCAUACGGGCGAGAAGCCGUACAGAUGUGAGACUUGUGGAAAAUGCUUUUCUCUGAUUGGCACUCUAAACUACCACAAGAGAAUACAUUCAAAUGACCGGCCAAUAAAAUGCAGCCACUGCAAUAAGAGUUUUAAGUACCACAAACUUUUGAAACAUCACCUUCGUGUGCACACAGGAGAGAGGCCGCAUACUUGUGAAAUCUGUGGUAAAAGCUUUGCGCUUUCGGGGACUCUCAAGCGGCACGUCCUCAUUCACACCGGUGAUAAGCCCUACGUCUGUGAGGUGUGUGGGAGAAGGUUUAACCAGAGAAGUACUCUCAAAGGUCACAUGCGAGUACACGGAGAGAAGCGUUUCAUGUGUGAAAUGUGUGGAAAAACAUUUCAGUAUAAUUACAUCCUGAGGAAUCACAUUCUGACCCACAAACAAAUCGGAAGUUCAGGAGACAAGAGCAACGCUCAACGCUGUGAUGUGUGUGGGAAGUUUCUGAGCUCAGCCUAUGCGUUGAAAACUCAUCUACAGCUACAUUCUGAUAACCGCAAACCCUUUACUUGCAAGUUAUGUGACAGGAGAUACAGCAGUGUUCAUUCCCUUCGGAUGCACGAGCAGCUUCACACAGGAGAGAAACCUUUCAAGUGUGAGAUCUGUGGGAAGGACUUUUCACUGAGGGCUUCUUAUAAAACCCAUAUGUUUUUGCAUUCAGGAGAAAGACCUCACAAAUGUUUAAUCUGUGGAAAACACUUCAAGUUGUCAAGCUCUUUGAAAAUGCAUCUGCGGACUCAUACUGGUGAAAAGCCUCACAAGUGCGAAAUAUGCGGGAAGGCUUUUCAUUUAUCUGGAAACCUAAAAAGACACAAGCUUGUGCACACUGGGGAAAAGCCAUUUACCUGUGACAUUUGUUUGAAGAGUUUCACACAACCCAACAAUUUAAAGGCACAUAUGCAUGUUCACACGGGGAAAAAGCCAUACACGUGCACCAGGUGUUGGAAAAGUUUUGCCUAUCAAAGAAACUUCAAGGAUCACAAAUGCACUCCUCUUUGAGCGAAGUUUCAGCCUGCUUAAUUCAAGUGAAACCUGUUUGGUUAAAAACUGUAUAAUAUAGCCCAACAUUGUGUUAAAGAUCUUUGCCAACUUCAAACAAUAUAACAGUUUUGAAAUCUUGAAGCUUUCAUGUAAAAUUUUAAACCGUAAUUUUGUAUGUAUGUGUUGGAAAAUAAAUAAAUUAAAUGUUUUGGACUUUUUUGUAGAUCUGUU